CUCUGUCCCUCUCAAAACUAGCUCUUUUUUUUUUCUCCUUAUUCACCGUGGUUGUGUCUGAAAACAGAACCUUCUCCGUAAAGAUUCGUCUACUCUUUCUUCCAGCUUAAGCACCUGCAGAUCCGCUACUAGGGUUUCGAUCCGAGAUUUUUUCAAGUCAGCAUUUUGAAGUUUGUUUCUGGGGUUUGGCAUUUUGGGAAAGGCCUUGCCUUUCUUUGAAUAAGGGGCAGUUUAAUCAAAGGGAUUGUUAUGUCAUACAGCUGGUGAUUAAUUGAUUUGCUGGUAAUGUCGAGGGUCACUAAGUGGAAGAUUGAGAAGACAAAAAUAAAAGUUGUAUUCCGGUUACAGUUUCAUGCUACACAUAUUCCACAAAGUGGAUGGGAUAAACUGCAUAUAUCCUUCAUUCCUGCUGAUUCUGGAAAAGCAACUUUAAAGACAACCAAAGCAAAUGUGAGAAAUGGAACUUGCAAAUGGGCUGAUCCAAUCUAUGAGACUACGAGGCUUCUCCAAGACAUUAAAACUAAACAAUUUGAUGAAAAACUCUAUAAGCUUCUUGUGGCGAUGGGUUCCUCACGAUCCAGCCUUCUCGGUGAGGCUACCAUCAACCUUGCUGAUUAUGCUGAUGCAUCAAAGCCUUCUAUUGUUGCAUUGCCUCUCCAUAGCUGUGAUUCUGGAGCUAUAUUACAUGUCACUGUACAACUGCUAACCUCUAAAACUGGUUUCAGGGAGUUUGAACAGCAACGAGAACUUAGAGAGAGGAAAUUGCAGGCAGGGCCAGAUCAAAAUGGUCCUGAUCAGUCAUCUUCUGGGAAAGUAUCAGUUUCUGAGGAGAGCGUCAACAGUCACAUGGACAAGGUCAAUACAAGGGUUAGAUUUAAAGAAAAAUCUAAAGAGCACCAUUUGCUUGAAGAAGAUGUUGGCCUGAAUGAAGAAUACGGAGACUCAGCUGUUGGGUUUGAUGGCUCUUCAAAUACUUCAGAAAGUUUAUAUGCAGAGAAGCAUGAUACGUCCAGCACUCAUGAAAUUGACAGCCUGAAGAGUACAGCCUCUGGUGAUUUGGGAGGACUUAGUCACAGCCCUCAGCAAGAGAAAGGGGAUCCCUCUGAUCAUCAGAUUUUGGCACAGGGGACUAACGAUUGGAUUCAUGGCUGGAGUUCAGAUUAUUCUGCAGAUAAUGACUUAACUAUUGCUUAUGAAGAGAAUAGCAGACUCAGAGGAUGCUUAGAAGUGGCAGAGUCAUCUAUUCAGGACCUUAAGGUGGAAGUAAGCUUGUUACAAAAUCAUGCUAGUCAAAUAGGUGCUGAAACAGAGAAGUUUGCUGAGCAACUUGUCACAGAGAUUUCUUCAGGAGAAAGGUUGGCAAAAGAGGUUUCUGCAUUAAAAUCAGAGUGUUCGAAGUUGAAAGAUGACCUUGAGCAGAUGACAAAUUACAAACUAUGCCCUGCAUUGAGCAGCAAAGAAGCUAUUAGGAAAGACCAGGAUCACUUAUUUCAAGACUUAGAGGUCACAUGGUCAAAGGGGCUUUUAGUUAUGGAGGAUAAGAUACGGGAACUUCAAAACAAGGCAUGUUUGAAUAACCAUGAAAGAGACCUUAGGUUCCUUCAUGCAGACUUGGAGGCAUUGCUUGGUAUUCUGCAAGAUCUCAAACAAGGAACUCAAGAGGAAAUAUCUGUUCUUAGAUCAGUACCAUCUGAGAGAUGCAACAUGAAGGGGAGCAGAGAAAUUAGUUUAAAUAAUGGUGAGCAAUUUAUACCAGAAACUAGUUUUGAUGCAGAGCUUUACCAACCGGAACUAGGCAUGGUUCCAUGUGUUAGUUUGCCUGGUCUUAUGUCACAUGAACCUGAUUCUGUGGGUGCUACUACUGCAAUGAAAGGCAAAAUCUUCGAACUACUGAGAGAGUUGGAUGAAUCAAAAGCCGAGCGGGAAAGCCUUGCAAAGAAAAUGGACCAGAUGGAGUGCUACUAUGAAGCUCUUGUUCAGGAGCUCGAGGAAAACCAAAGGCAAAUGCUGGGAGAAUUGCAGAGUCUCAGAAAUGAGCAUUCUGCAUGCUUGUAUAGGGUGCAAUCUACUAAAGCUGAGAUGGAGACUAUGCAGCAAGAUAUGAGUGAACAGAUCUUGAGAUUUUCUGAAGAAAAACAAGAUUUGGAAUCUCUGAGCAAAGAACUGGAAAGAAGGGCUAUUAUUGCAGAAGCAGCACUCAAAAGAGCACGUCUUAAUUAUUCAAUUGCAGUGGGCCAGUUACAAAAGGAUCUCGAGCUACUUUCUUCCCAGGUUAUGUCUGUGUUUGAGACAAAUGACAAUCUCAUCAGGCAAGCUUUUGUAGAUUCUUCACAACCAAGCUCCCAAGGAUACUCAGAGAUGGUAAAGAAUCGGGAAUUGGAUCCAGAAGAAUUCCAACCUACCAAGCCCUUGCAUUGUCAAAACCAGUAUGUAGGGGUGAGGAAACAGCAGUUGGGUGGAGAUAUCCUUUUAGAGGACUUGAAGAGAUCUCUCCAUUUACAGGAAAGCCUUUAUCUGAAGGUUGAAGAAGAAGUUUGUGAAAUGCAUUACCAAAAUGUAUACCUAGAUGUGUUUUCAAAGACUCUACAAGAAGCUUUGCUUGAAGCAAGUGCUGAUGUUAAACAUAUAAAAGAGAGAACAGAUGAGCUUAUGCGGCAAUUGGAACUUUCAGUCGAGUCGAAGGAGUUAUUGAUGCAAAGGCUGCAGAGCGCUAUGGAUGACGUUCAUUCCCUUAAUGAGUACAAGGCUACUUGCAUUGCCAAGUAUAAUGAUAUGGCUGUGCAAAAACAAACUUUAGAAGCCAAUGUAGAAACUGUCACCCAUGAAAAUCAUCUCCUUUCUGAGAAGAUAACUGAAAUGGAGCACCACUUGAUGGAAUACAAAAGUUACAAGAGCAAAUAUGAUGCCUGUGCCAUGGCAAAGACAGAGUUGGCUAGUUUAUUGAAGAAGGAAACCCUGGAAAAUGGUAAUCUUCGAAAUGAGAACUCUUCUUUGCAGGAAGAUUUGAGAAUGAUCAAAGGUGAGUUUGAUGAAUUGGUUACUGUGAAGACAAACUUGCAGAAUACUGUUGACUUUCUUCGAAGCAGGUUGCUGAACUUAUUGUCAUCUUAUGGCAAAAAUUUUGAUGAAUUGUCCCUCUUGAGUGAUUUGGUUGGUCAGGAUAUUGAGUCCAAGGACUUAACAUCUGUCAUGGUGUGGUUAGAGGAGGUCCAGCAUAAUGCACAUGAAAAAUUUCUUCAUCUCUUAAAGGAAAACAAAGAACUGAUGGAAGAACGAGAUAAGGCUCUGGUGUCAUUAACUGCAGUGGAAUCAGACAUGGUGCUGAUGAAACAGAAAUUCGAAGGUGAUAUACGAGCCAUGGUGGAUAAAAUGGAUUUAUCUAAUGUAGUGGUACAAAGGGUUCAGUUAGAAGUUGAAGCUGUUGCCGGAAAGCUCAGGGUUAGCUCUGAAGUUGAAGAAACUUAUGCACAGCAGCAGAGAGAUCUUUUAUCUGAUAUUGAGCACUUCGAAGCUGAGCUGCAACAGCUUACUUCUAAGAACAGGGAGAUUGCUGAAGAACUCUUGGUGUUAGAGUCUGUCAAUGAAGAACUUGGAAGUAGUAAGCUGACCGUGACUGAACUUAUGGAAGAAAACAAAGCUUUGAUGCAAUCUUUACAGGAUAAAUCUGAGGAGUCAUCCAAGCUUUCUUUGGAGCUUAAUGGUUUGAAAGAAAGUUUGCGUUCUGUGCAUGAUGAGCUGCUAGCAGAAAGAAGCUCGAAAGAUAAAUUAGAGAGUUUGGUUACAAACCUUACUUCCCAAAUGAAUGAGAAGCAUCAUCAGUUGUUGCACUUUGAUCAGCAGAAAUCUGAACUUAUCCAUCUCAAGCAAAUGUUAUCAGAUCUAGAAUUAGAAAAAUCUAGAGUUUGCAGUCGUUUACAACAAUCUGAAGAAUGCCUUAACAAUGCUCGCAAAGAAUCUUCUUCUAUUACUUUUCUGGAAUCUCAGUUGUCUGAAAUGCAUGGAUUUUUAAUAGCUGCAGACGUUAGCCUCAUUUUCUUAAGAAAGCGGUAUGAGACCUGGACUGCUGACCUUGUCUGUCAACUUUCCCUCUCCGAAAGCCGCCUUGUGGAGCUUCAAAAGAAGCAUCUUGAUGCUAAGAGCAUGCUUAAUGGUUGUCUUGCUCGUGAAGCACACUGCAUUGAAGAAAAUGCAAGAUUAUCAGCGAGUCUUGAGUCCCUAAAAUCCGAGUUAGAUGCUUCAAUGGCUGAAAACAGGGUACUUCUCAAUAAAAAUAGCUCUGUAAUAGCUGAGCUUCAGGAAUACAAAAGUAGAAUUGAAAAACUUGAGUUUGGUUAUUGUGAGGAUAAAAAUCAGCAUGCUCUUGAAGUCGAAAGGCUGAAGCAGUUACUGGUCAGUUCUCGGGAAGAGAUUGAUAAUCUGAUGGUAUUGAAGGAAGAACUGGAACUCAAUGUCGUAGUACUCAAAGCUAAAUUGGACGAACAGAGCUCUCAGAUAACCUUACUAGAAGGGCCGAAUGAUGAGGUGCUGUUGCUGCAGAAUCAGUGUAAUGAGCUUUCUCAAAGGCUUUCUGAGCAGAUUUUGAAGACUGAAGAGUUCAAAAACUUGUCCAUUCAUUUGAAGGAGCUUAAAGACAAGGCUGAUGCAGAAUGCAUUCAGGCUCGGGAGAAAAGGGAAUCUGAAGCACCACCAACUGCUAUGCAAGAGUCCUUAAGAAUUGCAUUUAUCAAAGAACAGUAUGAAUCACGGCUACAAGAACUGAAGCACCAGUUGGCUGUCUCCAAGAAGCAUAGCGAGGAAAUGCUAUGGAAAUUACAGGACGCCAUUGAUGACAUUGAGAAUAGAAAGAAAUCUGAAGCUUCUCUUUUGAAGACAAAUGAAGAGCUUGGAGUGAAGAUCUUGGAUUUGGAGGCUGAGUUACAAUCGUUGAUUUCUGACAAGCGUGAAAAAAUGAGGGCUUAUGACCUGAUGAAGGCUGAACUGGAUUGCUCAAUGAUUAGCCUUGAAUGCUGUAAAGAAGAAAAACAGAAACUUGAAGCUUCUUUACAAGAAUGCAAUGAAGAAAAAUCUAGAAUUUUAGUUGAACUUAGCAUAGUGAAAGAAUUGCUCGAGACCUCCACAUCAACCAUGAGUGUUCAGAAGGAAAGAAAUGACAAACUGAAAGAUGGUUGCAUCUCUGACGAGCUGGUUGUCAAUAAUGCUCCAACUAGCGAUGUUGAUCUUAAAUAUUCGGAACAAGAUACUUCAACAUACACUGAAGAAGCAGAACAGGCGUGCUUAGUUCCCAUUGAUGAAGGUGACUGUACAAGGGUACUCAGAAAUAUGCAACCUGAGCAGGAUUUUCUUGCAUCGAGCAAUGUAAAUGGAGUUCAAAGUCUUGCACUUGUCAACCCAGAGAACUUGCUGAAUAGUGAUGCAAAACAUCUAGCUUUAAUCAAUGAUCGUUUUAAAGCCCAAAGUCUAAGAUCUAGCAUGGACCACCUAAACAGUGAGCUGGAAAGGAUGAAAAAUGAAAAUCUGCUUCUUUCAGAAGAUGGUCAUCAUUUCGACUCUAAAUUUCCAGGUUUACAGCUGGAAUUGAUGCAGUUGCAUAAGGUGAAUGAAGAAUUGGGAAGCAUGUUCCCUUUGUUUAAUGAAUAUCCAGAAAGUGGAAAUGCAUUAGAAAGGGUACUUGCAUUGGAACUCGAGCUCGCCGAGGCAUUGGAAACUAAGAAGAAAUCAAGCAUCCUUUUUCAGAGCUCUUUCUUGAAACAGCACAAUGAUGAGGAAGCAGUGUUCAAAAGUUUUAAGGACAUCAAUGAGCUAAUCAAAGACAUGUUGGAGAUAAAGGGAAGAUAUGGAGCUGUAGAGACUGAACUAAAAGAGAUGCAUGAGCGAUACUCUCAGCUAAGCCUUCAAUUUGCAGAGGUUGAAGGAGAGAGGCAGAAACUCAUGAUGACACUCAAGAAUAUGCGGGCAUCCAGGAAGGCCCAAAACUUGAAUCGCUCCUCAUCAGCCGCUCUUGGGGACCAUUCCUAAGCCACAAGAACAAACUCGGCUGUGGAAUUCCUGUUUGCCAUGUCCCAGAAAUGACCACUUCACAGGGUUAAGUUAAUGACAGCUCCUUGUCAUUAUAUUAUCAAAUUUCUUCAGAAUUCACAGGCUAUUGAGCUAUUGCAGAGUUCAAGUUUUUCAAGCUUGAUACACAAUGUCAAAAAGCAAAGCAGCUGUAUUUUAUGUAAAUAAAUAUAUAUUUCCCGGUCUUUGUCACAGGAAACUAGUAUCAUAAGAUAUAGAUAGAUGUAACACUUGGACCUUUUUCCCCCGGUCCUAGUGAUUGAAUUCUUCUAUUGUAUAGUGAAUCAAAUUCUUUGAUUGACAGAAUCAUUUUUAUUUCAUUACUAGAAACAACGGUUCAUCCCUUGUUCACCUCA